UCUCGCGGGCCGCGCCAGAGCCGCGAGUUGCCGUCACGUGGUGGGUGUCGCUCGCCGGCUUCAGUGGCCGUCAUUUCCAGACCGUCGACAGCAGAGCGGCGGGUGGAGAGGGAGAGAAAUUAUUGACAAAGUGAAAUUACGAAGAUGCAUACUGGACAAGAAGUUCAGCUGGAAAAGUUAAUCGAUGAUGCCAUUAAAAGAAGGUCUUUUAAGUCACUGGAAGAACUACAGGAAGAAAGUAAUGAGAGUGUGUCUUGUAAAUGCAGCAAACAGCUGAUACACAAGCUGAAUAAACUCAUUCAGAGGGAAUUGAGUAAAAAAGAAGUCAGGAAUGUCUCACUGUUGCUAAAUUGCAUUCAAAGAUAUGGGCGAAGCAUGACUAUACUAGGUGAAGAUGGCUUGACUACAAUGAUAAAACAAGGGCUGGUUCACAAGAUGGUCUCAUGGUUUGAAAAGACAAGAGCAAUCUGGGCAGAAGGAGGGAAAGAAAAAAGUGAUGCACUCAUAAAUCUUGCUGAAGAUUUCUUUGAUGCCUUAAUGGUUGUGUUUGAUGCAAACAGUGAAGGAAGAUGUCAGGUGCUUGAUACAUUCCUUCAUCGAAUAGGCUGCUUAGUCACUGAUCCUGAUAUUAAUAUAUGUAUUCAAGAAGAGGGCAUUCGGAAAAUGAACAUCAUGCUAGGUCAGAUGCUACUUAACGACAGGAAAACAAUCCUUUCAUCUGACGAAAUGCAACUUCUGAUGAGUAAUUUUGGGAAAAGGGUUUUGGAUGCUGGUGAUUAUAAUUUCCAGGUAGCCAUUACUGAAGGGUUAUGCAGAAUGAUGUCUGAGAGUCAGAGGAAAGAACUGGCUGACCAAUGGUUCUGUAUGGAGUUUGUUGCUAAUGCGUUUAGGAGAAUUAGAGAUUCUGAAUUUGAAACGGACUGUAGAAGAUUUCUCAACCAGGUGAAUGGAAUGCUGGGAGAAAGGACAAGUGUUUUCACAUUUCCUUGUCUGGAAGCAUUUCUUGAUAAAUAUGAGCUGCAAAUGCCAUCUGAUGAUAAAUUGGAAGAGUUCUGGAUUGAUUUCAAUGUUGGCAGUAAAAGCAUUUCCUUCUAUGUUGUAACGGCAGAGGAUGAUGAGGAACCAUUGUGGGAGACAGUCUGCAUGCCCAAAGAAGAAGUUGAAAAUUACAGCAUAGAAGUAAAAGAUGGGAAGAAGUUGCUUGCUAUUAACAUGAAAAAUCCACUCAGAAUUGGAAUCAAUGAAGGAAUUGAGAUACUGAUAUAUUUUGAUUUGACUUUGGAUGUUAUCAGUACUCUACAAAAGGUUUAUGGUUGCAGUAAAUUCAAGGGAUUGGCAGUGAAAAACAAAACUUCAGAUGCACAAACAGAAGUUAACAUCAUCUUACAUGGAAGUAAUUCUCAGGCUAUGGUGGUUCAAGACCAACUUUCACCACCACACCAUACUGAAAAAGGAUUAUUGGGAAGUGAAAGAAAAUUUAGUGGCAAGCCAGAAUGUUUACGAACGAUAGACACAGACAGUGAGGGUAUUGCCAGCCGAAAACGGAACUCUAUGUACCCUCCAUUGCCUGCUACAGCUUCCAAUCAGAAGAUGUCUGAAGGAACAAUGAUGGUGACUGGUACGAAGAGUUAUUGUGCAUCAGCUGCAGUAGAUUCAACUCAAGCAAAGAAAGGCAGAGUAAAACUACCACUAGAAAUGAAAAGCUCAUCUGCAGGAAGCAUUUCAUUAAAAAUCAAUGAACUUACAUUUGAAGAAAUGGAACAGGGAAGCUCUAAACAUCCUAAAACCACAGCCAGCAAACCUACAAGAGAAAGGAGCUCCAAGAAGAUUAGUGCCAGCAAAGUGGCAGAGAUGUUGCAGGAGGUUACAGCUUCAUAUCACAAACCAGGUGAUAUUAUUCCAGAUUCUCAGCCUGUGGGAUUCAAAGCAAAGCCUGUAUUACCUGGUCUUAUUGACAGUAAGUCGGUAUUCAAGAAGUGUUGGAUUUCUGAUAGUCCUGUUUCGAGCUGCAGUACUCAGGAAAAGCGCACCUCCUGUCUGGAAUACAGUUUUCAGCAAGAUAACGGAAUUGUUAAACAGCAAUCAUUCUACUCAAUAUUUGAUGGCAAAUCACCAAUCCAGGAGGUGCAGAACAAUUCUAAAAAUCUAAAGAGGAAAAAGAUGGAACAGCAACUGACAGAAAAAUUGGAGAAGAUAACUCCAGGAAAAAACAAUAAAAAAGGAGGAGCAGAAAGUUACUCUACCAAAAGAGUACAGCAUUGCCUGGAUACUAAAUUAUCCCCAGAACUUUCUACAGUUGAAACACUAGCAUUGGACUCAGACUAUAAGACAAAAUGCACCGAAACCUUAACUUCAGGUUAUUGCAUUAGAAGAUCAGAAGUGGCUAACGGUAAAUUCGAUGACAUUUGUCAGAGUACUAUAUCUAAUAAACAGGACGGUCCAAAGAGAGACAGCUGCUCAAAGAGAUUUGGUGUGGAUUUAACUUGUAAAGAAGAUGAGACUGAAGAUGAUCAGAGGGAAAAUGAUGAUGAGAACGAAAGCAAUACUAUUACUCAAACAAUGAUUAAAGAAAUUGCAGCAAAAUAUAGAAAAACAAGAGAAGCCCCAUUGGCAGAUGAAGAUGUGAAUAUGUUAAUCCUCAGUAGAUCUCACUUGGAUAAAUCACAACCACUCAGUAAUAAGCUUCCAAAUGAAAAGAACGCAAAAAGAGGAUCUAGUAAAAAGCAAAGGGUGACUGCUAAGAGCAAAAUGAAAGAUCGCACAACUGAUGUAUACAAUUUUGAUGCCAACUCGAUAGAUGAACCCACUAUAAAACUAGGGGUAAAGUUCACAGCCGGAUAUCAGCAACCAAGGACUACUAUGAAUACGAUAAAACAGCCUAAAGAGCAAAAUAUACAAAAGAGUCUUACAAGAAAGGAAGAGGAAAAUAAGCCUGCAGGGCGAAAAAACAAAAAGCGCUUCUUCACUGAUACAGACACUGAUGGCAAAACUGAUAUCAGUUGGCUGCGAGAAUCUAACAGAAAACCCAAACGGAAAAUGAUAGCUUAUGGCAGACAAAGAAAACAAAACGUAACUGAGAACACAAAUGAAGAAGGUCAUGCAAUUCCACACAAGAAUAAAAUUGAGAAGAAAUCAAAGCUCAGGAAGAAGUCUGAUGAGUUAGAAGCCAAAUUAAUACAAACGCGGCCUGAAAGGAAACCAGCAGCUUGUCGCCCACGGAGAAAAACUGCUGUACAAACAUGUUACAGAGAGCUAUCAAUGUCUGAGCUUGAUAGUGAUCAAGAGUCCUUCACCUUCUCUCCUCGGAGAGAAAGAAGUAUAAUCAAGCACAAACCAGAACCAACUAAACGAGUUUCUAAGAGCAACAAGAGGGAAGCUACCACGCCAAUUGUUUCUACAACCCCUCAUGAGCUGUCACGUUAUAAGAAGAUAGAAGACUUCCGAUUCCUCUCCUUUCCAGCAGUCUCAUCAAUUGAGAAGUUAAGAUAUGAAGAGAUGUCUGAACCAAAAAAUUUGACUAGCUGCUCAUCACCAUUGGAAUCUGAGCCUUCUAUGCAAUUGGACUCUUCACCAGAACUGUUACGUGCUCCCAGUACCUCAAAAGGAAAAACAGCUAUGAAAUUCCAUAAGUCAAGGAAAAGUUUUGCGAAGUCAAUAACACCGCAGAGUUCACCAAGCCAAUCAACAACAAAGAAAAAGUGCACCGCUGAAGAUGUGUCAUCUGAUUUAAGCCUGAAUUCCCUGCCGCAAGUGAUCCCAUCAGUGUUACAAUCUUGUGAAGUGGAUGAAAAGAUUGAAGAAGAUGAAGAUCUUUAUCGGGAAUCUCUUACAAAGAAUAAUGAAGAAUGCAUCAGUGUUGAUAAAUUUCGAUCACCUGAAGGAUCAGCUUACACAGCAAGAUCAUCAAGUAACUCUUCAUUAAAAACUAAUUUGAGCAAGAAGAUUGGCGCAACAACCGGUGAGGAAACCUCAUCAACGUCAGCCAUUAUGGAAGUGAACAGGAGGCAGAUUGACCGAAUUCUUCAAAUGAAAAUUCAUGUAUCAGGUCCAUCUAGUCCACGUUCCUCUAUACUAAAACGAAUAUAUAGAGAGGUUCAUCCAAGCAGUCCUGAUGGUAUUGUUGAUGAGGUCGAACUAAAAGUGAGAGGAAUGCGGCUACAUCCCAGAAAAUUGUUUAAAUGUGAUAUUGAAAACCAGAGCAUUGGCAAAGGGAUUAUUACGCCCGGAAAAGCGAUCUGCCAAUCGACUAACAACCAGUCUAGUGCUAAUAGGGAUGAAAUGGAUACCUGGCAUCCAGAUGUGGGAGUCAUGUGUCAACAGUUCAGUAAAGAUCUCACUGUGAAAUUCAAGAAUCGUUACCAGAAGAUUGACACAUUCACAAAGGUUUCUUUGAAAUCUAUUCAGCAACAUCUGACAUCAGCAAGUCUUCAGAUCCGUGACUACAGGUUACAGAAGCUAAACAAAUUUCAAACAAAUGUUGCACAGGAACUGGAAAAGUUUGAAAAGGACUCCCAAUCUCUUAAAAACAUGGAAAAGGAAUUAUCAAAUUUCUGGAAGCAGCAUUCAAAAGCUUUUAAUGGACUCAAGGAAAAUGAGGAACAAAGAAUUCAACAACUGCGAUCUUCAUUUGAUACCAAUGUGUUUCACGGUGUGGAAUUUGAAAAGAGGAUAUUUAAUAUGGAGAUACAUCAGAUGAGAAAAGAUAUGAAAAUGGUUCAAGACCGGCUUUUAAAAGAAAUGCAAGAAGAAGAACUGGGCAGUGUGCGCAAAGGGCUGCAGUCCUUGUUUAUGUCUAACUCCAGGCGAUUUUAAAGGGAUACUGAUUGACAAGUAUAUUAACAGAGUUUUACACGUACAAAUUCACUCAUC